AUGCCGGAUGGAGCUCUGGGGUUCGUAGUUGCAGACGGCGAACCAGUGGCUGUUGUCAAGAUACUGCGCGAUGAAGCGUUACUCGCCGGGUCCAUCAUCUGCAUUCAAAUUCCUCAUCUCGAAUUGAUACCACAAGCAAUGCUUGCCAUGAUGAACGCCACAAUCCUGAACCUUGUACUGCUCAACACCGCUGGAUAUGCCUAUGAACCAGUCCUUGGUCGUUUGCAGAACACGACGGAAAUACCUUUUGAGGAAGAACUAUUGUUCUGGGACGACUCAAAGACGCCCAAAGAAUCAGAGGCCUACGACAGUAGUCUCAAGAUCAGAGAGAUUGUGAAACAGCUUGAAGAAAGCCAUGAGUCAAAUCUACAAGACAUCAUGCAGUUGAAGAGUUCAGUCGUUUUGGACCCUUCACAGGCAGCUUCGUUGGUAGCUGCCCUGAAACAACAACUGAGUCUUGUGCAAGGCCCACCUGGAACCGGCAAAUCGUUCAUUGGAGCUCUCGCAGCGAAAGUCUUGCAUGACCAUACCAACGAAAAGAUCUUGGUUGUCUGUCACACAAACCAGGCACUCGAUCAGUUCACGCAAGACAUUCGCAAAGUGGGCGUCAAGGAUUCGCAGAUUGUUAGGUUGGGUGGAGUGGAAAGAACGGACCCUGCUAACCACAAUCUCUUGCUUUCGUCUCUGAGGGUUGAUGGCGCGUAUCAUUCCAGUCGUGAUUCAAGAUCAUUUGUCAAGGACAUCGAGCGUCAGGUACUGGAUGAAUCUCGCCGCAUUGACGAUCUCUAUCGUGACUUCACAUCGCUGGACAGACUUCGUGAUUAUCUGGAUGAAUUGGCGCUGAAAGGUGAUCCAAAGUACAGUCAGGCGUUCGAGAUCAGCCUUGAACCUAAUGGCAACACACGUGUCACAGAAGAGGGCACAGCGGGUGACAGGCAUUACCUACUGCAGCGAUGGAUCGACGGUAAAGAUCCAGGCAUCUUUCCAGAGAAGAAAAAGUACACUGACGUAUGGGGUCUCCCGCCACAACAAAGGAAAGAGCAAUUAACUUUCUUGGAGAAGGCAGAAAAUCACGAUGACCUCCUAAGCCAGGCUCGUAAUGCGAACGGCCAGGUCACCGAACAAAUAAUCCGAAGCAAGAGGAUUAUCGCCUGCACAACCUCAGGAGCAGCGAAAUACCCACAAGUACUCUCCGAAGCCCCUGGCAUCAUCAUCGUCGAAGAAGCCGGUCAAGUACUAGAGAGCCAUAUCGUCACUGCCCUGAACCCGACUGCCAAACAGCUCAUCAUGAUCGGCGAUCACAAACAAUUACGUCCAUUUGGCUAUGAUCUCAAUCGUUCCAUGUUUGAGCGUUUGGUCCUCAAAGGAUAUCCUCAUCAAGUUCUUGCCCAGCAACAUCGUAUGAGACCCGAGAUCUCAGACCUGGUCAGGCAACUCACCUACCCCGAUCUCAUCGACGCACCAAAAACACAAAAUCGCCCAGAUUUGCGUGGGUUUUCUGACAAUGUCAUUUUCGUCAACCACGAUCAAUCAGAGGAUACAGCUGAAGAUCCGACGACCGUCAAUGUCAGAACCUCUAAACGCAACACUUAUGAAGCUGAGAUGGCAUUCAACACUGUGAAGUAUCUGUUACAGCAAAAUUAUCAUGCUAGCAGUAUUGUGGUGUUGACACCAUAUCUGGGCCAAUUGAAGAAGUUACACGAGGUGUUUGGGAGAGAAGUAGAGACUGUGCUUAGUGACUUUGACGUUAAAAACAUGGAAAAGAACGGGUUAAUCGAGGAUAGCACUGAAGUCGCUCAAAUCUCAAUCAACGAGCCAGUAGCAACAACCACGACUUAUGCCAAAGCAAACACCUCGACUACUACUUCUGCGCCAAAACCAAAGAUCCAGAUCUCCACCAUCGACAACUACCAAGGCCAAGAAAGCGAUAUCGUAGUCGCUUCUCUGGUAAGAAGCAACCCAGACCACGAUAUUGGCUUCUUAUCUAGCCCCGAACGUCUUAAUGUGCUACUCUCCCGUGCCCGCAACGCUUUAAUCCUCAUCGGCAACGCAGAAACCUUCAAAUCCGCUCAUACAGGCAAAGAAACACGGACACAGCUAUUUUCUCUGCUCGAAGAGGGCAAACAUAUCUAUCAAGGUGUCCCUAGGUAG